UAGGAUUUAGAGGGAUAUGGGCCAAAUGCUGGCAAAUGGGACGAGAUUAAUUUAGGAUAUCUCAUCGGCAUGGACGGGUUGGACUGCAGGGUCUGUUUUCGUGCUGUCCAACUCUGAUUCUAAAUCAAAGUUAAUGUUUUGGAUCUGGUGACCCUUCCUCGGAACUCAAGGGACUAGCAAGGACCAUUAAUAAGAGUUCCUUGUAGUCACGGGGCGUGACAUUUUAGGGAGGUGCUUCCGGCGGUGCCGCCGCCAUAUUCCCGAGGCUGCUCUUGGACGGACUGAGUUGAUGUCGGUGAGGCCGUCCGUGUGGCCGGGCAACACCGCUUCACCGUUUAACUGGACAGAAAUUUAACUGGCGGGGCGAGCCAAGAACAAAAUGAUCCACAGCCUGUUUCUCAUCAACAGCACCGGCGAUAUCUUUCUGGAGAAACACUGGAAGAGUGUGGUGAGCCGGUCGGUCUGUGACUAUUUCUUCGAGGCCCAGGAGAAAGCCGGGGAGGCGGAUAAUGUGCCUCCGGUUAUCCCCACACCCCACCACUACUUGGUCAGCACCUACAGAGACAAGAUCUUCUUUGUUGCUGUCAUUCAGUCCGAAGUGCCUCCUCUAUUUGUAAUUGAGUUUCUCCAUCGAGUGGCAGAAACUUUGCAGGACUAUUUUGGAGAAUGCUCUGAGGCUUCAAUUAAGGAUAAUGUUGUUAUCGUGUAUGAACUUCUGGAAGAAAUGUUGGAUAAUGGUUUUCCAUUGGCUACUGAAUCCAAUAUCUUAAAAGAAUUAAUUAAACCUCCUACAAUUCUUCGUUCUGUUGUUAACACUAUUACGGGUAGCAGUAAUGUAGGAGAUCAACUUCCAACGGGCCAAUUGUCCAAUAUCCCAUGGCGAAGAGCAGGAGUCAAAUAUACAAAUAAUGAAGCUUAUUUUGAUGUUACGGAGGAAAUUGAUGCCAUCAUUGACAAAUCAGGAUCAACGGUCUUUGCUGAAAUCCAGGGUGUUAUCGAUGCUUGCAUCAAGCUAACUGGAAUGCCAGACCUCACCCUUUCCUUUAUGAAUCCAAGGCUGCUAGAUGAUGUCAGCUUCCAUCCAUGUGUUCGCUUUAAAAGAUGGGAAUCUGAGCGAGUUCUGUCAUUCAUUCCUCCAGAUGGAAAUUUCCGUUUGAUGUCUUACCAUGUCAGCUCUCAAAACUUGGUGGCAAUACCAGUUUAUGUAAAACACAACAUCAGCUUCAGAGAAAAUGGAUCUACAGGGCGAUUUGAUGUAACAGUUGGGCCAAAACAGACCAUGGGAAAGAUACUGGAGAAUGUUCUAAUGAUUAUUCAUAUGCCUAAAGGAGUGCUUAAUAUGACCCUGACUGCAGCACAGGGCACUUACACGUUUGAUCCAGUUACCAAGGUGUUAAAUUGGGAUAUUGGAAAAAUUACUUUGCCCAAGUUACCAACUUUAAAGGGAUUGGUUAACCUACAAUCUGGGGCACCCAAACCAGAAGAGAAUCCAACAAUUAACAUUCAGUUUCGAAUCCAACAACUUGCUGUAUCAGGCUUGAAAGUGAAUCGACUGGACAUGUAUGGAGAAAGAUACAAACCAUUCAAAGGUGUAAAAUAUGUCACCAAAGCAGGAAAAUUUCAAGUCAGGACAUGAGGGCAAGAAAACAAUUUGAAGCUGGGAUAAUUGCCAUGUCAUCUGGAAUUCAACCAAAAAUGAAUUUUUGGGAACUUGACAUUUCUGAAACGGAUUUAAUUGAUAAAGGAAAAGGGAAAACAUGUAAUAUUUGUGGGUUAACUGCCUUAAUUACAAAGUGAUAUUUUAACAGGUGUAUAAAAACUAGCUACAAGUACUUAAUGGGAAUUGUUUUCUAAAAAUGCAUUGUUCAAUUGUUUUUCAUAAGCAUAUUUUAUAUGGUAGCUUAUUAAAACUAGUCAUACUGAAUUAUGUAUAGUCCAGUAUAGCAUAGUAGGGAUUAGAAAUUAGCAUUACCUAUCCCCAGAAACUUAUUCAUGUGUACAUUAUUUAAAGCAGUAAUGGAUAUAGUCAAAGUAUGCAGAAUGGAACAGGUUAGUGUGCCAACAUAGCUCAAUAGAAGUGCUUAGUAUAUUAUCCACUGUUUGUGCCUAAUAACACUUACUAAUUACCAACACUUGAAGUAGAUUACGUGAGUUUGAAAGGUUGCCUUUAGUACUGAAUGUUCACUAAUACUUUGAAAUAAGUUUAACACAUUUAUACUUGUGUUCAGUACAAUUCAAUUGUCUUAAUAAAUAUUUGUUCCAUUUGGUGGGUUGGUGCUGCCUUUUGUCCAAAGAAAAACAGUGUAAGUUUUAAGUCAGAUUUUUAGAAUGCAGCACUUUUCUUUGAGAAGUCUGGACUGAAACAGGUUCGGCCUUUGAUGAUUUGCUAUUAUUGGACUGGGAAAUGUAAACCCAACUUUGAAUGGUCAAGGAGAUAAGUAUACUGAGAAGCUACAGGUAAUAAGUUACAGAACAUGUCAUUUAUCAACUUUUUGGUCGAAGGGUAAUGUACUGUACUGCAUUAUUUAGUGAAAGAGCACCAGAGGAUAGCACAAUCUAACAAGAUAAUUGACUUGCAUGAGCUAAGCUGCACUUAUCAUUGUUUUGUUGGCUGAAAGUUUAAAUAAAAUUCCUGUGUGAACAUGCACAAA